UGCAGACACACCUGUUUUCCAAGAUAAGACCAAACAGACAGGGCGAGCGAGUGCGCAGGGGGCGAGACGGAGAAGGGACGAAACCUCACGUCUGGCUCCCAAUCGGGCUGCGCAAAGGGGCUCUUUCUGGCCAUCCUUUCCCUCUGCUUGCUCUGCCAAUUCGUGCGCUUAGCGGAGCGCACGGAUCGGUCGCUAGCAAGACAGCUGGAAGGAAGCGAUCGCCGACGCCUCCAGCCCGACGUCCUUCGUCGUGGCAUCUGGGCUGCUUCUCGCCCCCGCCCUCCGCUGCUGACUUCUUGUCGUUUUCUCUCUUUUCCCCUUCAGCGGAGCUGAGCUGGCCCGAAGACCCCCGACGGCGACAGCGCGCUCUGGCGGAGUGAGAGUGACUGCGGACGCCGCCGUCUUCUUCUCAGCGGAGAAGGGAGACACGCCUCCCUCAGUUAAAAAGCGAGGGACUUCGGGUUUCGCUGCGCUUUAGAACCGGAGGGUGCUGGAACUCCCACGUGGUUUUUGGAGCGAAGGAAAUAAAAAGCGGCUGUUUCUGGGAAGACCCCCUUCGCCUUGAAUCGGUCGCGAGGGACUCAGGACUUCUUCGGAGGGUCGAAACACGAAGUCCCUCUGCAGGAUCGAUUCCGGAGAAGCCACCGGGAUCAAGCCUGGGUUUCUUCGUGUGAAUGUUCUUGACCUCAUCGAAGCCCAUUUCUCCCUCCGAGUCAUCUGACUCGCUGAUUUCUGGAUCUGUCUAGGGUCGCCUUUGCGCUUGGCUUCCCGGUAUUGUCUCUGGGAAAGAGCCAUACUAAGUUUUCUGGCGUUUUGGAAGAACAGCCUCUGAAGACGCGCCCCGGUUGCCGUAGAAACUCGGUUGCUGGGGUCUCAGUUUUGCGCUUCUCUUCCCUUCCGCAAAUGGGUGUGGGUGUAAAGGGGAAAGAACGCUGCUGGAGCUGGACCCCUUAAUCGCCAGCUCUUCACUCCAUAUUGUAGGCUAGAGUCUGAAAAAAGAGAAACCGUGCAGAGUGGUGCGUGUGCUGGUUUGUUUGCAGAGACAGACUACCUGCUGGUGGAAAGAGACUGUUGUCUGUAAAAAGGAACUUGGGUCAAAAUUACUGGUCGCCUCCUCUUUAGGGUCCCAAAGCCUCCAUUGGAGGAGAUCAGCUCUGGACUGGAGGGUCAGUGGGCCCCAGGAUGGACACUGUGUGUAACAUUUCCAGUGGGGAAUGGUCAGAGCAGGUCCUUCCUAGGGUGGCAGGGUACCGACCCCGCCACGUAGUGCGCAGAGUCGCAUCCCAGACUGUGACCAAGGUGAACCCGCCCAUAGGGAUUGCAUUUAUCACCCUCCUCUACUGUGCAGAGAUUUCUUCUGCCUGCGCCGUGAGCUAUGCCUACAGCUGCUCCAAUGAUGUUUUCUGGCUCUCCCUGACUCUCCUCUUGAUGCUGAUACCUGCCGUCAUGGACCAACUUACCCUCAUCUUUGUGAACCGGGACCUGACUAGUGACCAGCCCUUUAUCCUUUUCAUGCAUCUUGUGUUGCUGGGUCCUCUCAUCAGGUGCUUAGAGGCCAUAGUGAUGUUCUGCAGGUUGGGGAAGGAGGAAGAGCCCUACGUCACCAUCACUCGCAAGAAGCAGAUCUACAAGGACGCUGAGAUUGAGCUGGAGCAGGAAGUGGGUCACCUGGUGCGCAGGCUGGUCACCCACCGCAACGCUUUCAAGCGCAUGGCUGUCAUCCAGGCCUUCCUAGGUUCUACCCCGCAGCUCACGUUGCAGCUCUAUGUCAGCGUUGUGGAGCAGGAGGUCCCCACCAGCAGAGCAGUCCUGAUGUGCAUCUGCUUGGUGUCGGUCACCUAUGGAGCUUUGGUCUGCAACAUCCUGGCCAUCCAGAUCAAGUAUGACGACUACAAGAUCCGCCUGCACCCACUGGCCUUCAUCUGCAUCAUCCUGUGGCGUAGCCUGGAGAUCUCCACCCGCAUCACCAUCUUGGUCCUCUUUGGGAGUGUCUUCAAGUACUAUGCCAUGGGCAUUGGUGGGGCCAACUUCCUGCUCUUCUUCUUCUUGCCCUGGGUGCAGUUUUGGUGGAGUGGUGCCCAGCUGCCUGACAAUGUGGAGAAGAACUUCAGCCGGGUGGGCACCGUCUCGGUCCUGUUCUCCAUCACUUUGCUUUACGCUGGCAUCAAUAUCUUCUGCUGGUCAGCUGUGCAGCUCAGGCUGGGUGACCGGGAAUUGAUUGCCAAGUCACAAAACUGGGGAUGCUUGGCUCUCUUCUAUGUGUUCCGAGGGCUGGAGAACAGCGUGCUGCUUGUCGUCUGGUACUUCUUUAUGACGGACGUCUACGCGUACUUCUGUGCCCCCUUUCUGGUGCUGCAGCUGAUUGUAGCCUACUGCCUGGCUAUCGCAUUCAUGCUCUUCUUCAUGCAGUAUCUCCACCCCUGCCGCAGCCUCUUUACGCACAACGUCUCUGACUUCUUGCAGUGCGUCUGCUGUAAGCGGGACGAAGCACCUGAACCCCUGCACCUUGAGCCUCCCUGGGAGCCUGGCGUGAAGCAUAGCAUUGUCUGAUGGGACAUAAGUCGAAAUCAAAUCAUAAACCAUUCUGCUGAAGGUGGAACGGAAACUAUAUCCUAACAUCUCAACAGGGGCAUACGCCAUACCUGGCCUCAGCAGGUAUAAUUUAUGAACAAGGGACAAUGCAGGGAGUCAUAGUGGCAGGACUGAGCCUUCCAGAGCAUCGUCUGAACUGACAGAUCAAAUUGGGAUGGGCAAUAAGGGGGGCAAUUUCAAUUUCCUUAUCUGCCUGCAGAGCCUGGAGUAGUCUGCAUUGCACACCAAUGCAGCAGGGUCAGUUAUUACGUUCAGAAGGACUGUGUUGUCAUUUCUAGAUGAUAACCAUUGACUGAUGUUAUGUCAGAUGUUUGAAG